AAUAACCAUAAUGGGCUGGAUCACACUCGAUCUGUGCCGGUGGUCAUGCGCGACAGACAAAAGGUUAUGGGUGUAUGAUCGUAUCGAGUAUAGAGUGGUGAAGUGAAGCCCCGGAAAUCCCUGAGCUCCCCCAGCGUACUUUAGCCGAGGCGGUCCCUCAUCCUCGCCGGCUUUUCUCAGAUCAGUGAUUGAGUCAGAGGCUAAUUUAAUGCGACAUAAGAAGACGAGUUGGCACAGUAAAAGGAGAAAGAGGGAGGAGGGAGAGAGAGAGAGAGUCUGUGCAUGUCUGGGUGGGAGAGUGGAUUCUUCGAAUUGGAUCGUGGAAGAAGAAGAGGUCGGAUCUCGAAAGGUGAUUCAUUUGGGAAAAAGAUCGACCAGAUAGAGACCGAGUUUGACUCAUUGAUUUGAUUGGUAGGUCGAUCCAAAAAGGGCGUCUUUUGCUUUUCUUCGAUGUUGAUUCCACGUUGUUUCUCACUUCGCAGCUGCACUUCGAUGCUCUACUGUAAUGGCGUUUUGAAUGAUUCAAGGUGUUGAUUUGUUAAAUCUAUAGUGACUGGCAUUAUGGGCGGCUCUGGAAAGUGGCUUAGAACAUUGGUUAGUUUAAGAAAAUCAGAAAAGCCACACUCUUCAGAGAAGGAAGGAAAUAAGACAGCAACUGGUAGCCGGUUUUGGCACCGGAGAAAGCAGUCUGUGGAGAUUGAUAGUGACAUUCUUAAUGAUGAGUUUGCCCAGAAUACAGCUCAGCUCACUAGGGGUGCUACUGGCCAAUCAAACUCAGAGAGUGCCAGCUCCCCUGCCAGCUCAUUACAAGUACAGCCAACGGCACACAUUGAAAAGAAUAUGAAAGAAGAAUGGGCUGCCACACUUAUCCAGACAGCUUUUAGAGGAUUUCUGGCUAGAAGAGCAUUGCGAGCUCUGAAAGGAUUGGUAAGGCUUCAAGCCCUUGUCAGGGGUCAUGCUGUAAGAAAGCAAGCUGCAAUAACCCUUCGUUGCAUGCAAGCCUUGGUGAGAGUUCAAGCUCGUGUCCGAGCACGACGUGUUCGCAUGGCAUUGGAAAGCCAAAUGGCAGAGCAGAAACUUAAGCAGCAACUUGUACAUGAGGCUCGUGUUAGAGAAAUAGAGGAAGGAUGGUGUGAUAGUAUUGGGUCUGUGGAAGAUAUUCAAGCUAAGCUAAUAAAGAGGCAAGAGGCUGCAGCUAAACGUGAGAGAGCCAUGGCAUAUGCUCUGGCUCAUCAGUGGCAGGCAGGACCCAGGCAGCAGUCGGCCCCUGCAGGGUUUGAACCGGAUAAAAACAACUGGGGUUGGAACUGGUUGGAGAGAUGGAUGGCAGUUCGUCCGUGGGAGAACCGGUUUCUUGACAUUAAUGUCAGAGAUGGAGUGAUAAUCCAUGAGAAUGGAUCAACAGAAGAAAAGAAUGGCACCAAAGUCCAAUCCAGAUCUGCUGGGAAGAAAUCUAUUUUGUCAAAUCUACAAUCAAACACUCAGAAAACAGCUACAUCUCAUUCUGAUGGAAAACCAAAACCUAAGCCAUCUCAGGAGGAGCGGAUUGGAGAAGCCAGUUCAAGACCUUCUGGGACUGGGCCUCGUUCAUACAGCAAUCCUAAAGAGAGACCAACUCAACAAGAUUCUCAGGCAAGGAAGCGGUUGUCUCUUCCAUCAAGUGUCACCAACAGGGCUCGGGGCACAAACAGCCAGGCAUCCAAGUAGAACUGCUGUCAACAGGGCAAUCGUCGCACAAAAGACUAUCAAGGAAAAAUCCAGGUUUAAUGGAAGACAUGAUCCAAACACCACUGAUACUGUUACACAAGGAGUUGAUUAACAGAUUUGAAUACUCAAUUUGAAGAUGUAUUCCAAAAACCGAGGAGACAAGAGGAGAUGAUCAUCUGUUGUCAUCUUGGUUUGUGUAUAUAUAAUUAGAGGUUCUUUCAUCCGGGAAGGUGCAACAAUACUGCUUCCAUUCCCCGUAGUUGGAUGGAGUUGCUGUAGCAGUAGUGAGGAUACAGGUUGAUUUUCGACCUGCAAUGAUAAUAUAAAGGGAAUUGGUUAUGGCUGUUGUAAUUAUUAAUUUGGUGUUGUAAGUUGUAACUGUUUAUUGAGUUUCAGAACCUGUAAGGGGACCAAAAGAUGAGUUCACCUCCGUCACCAACUGUUGCCAUCUGAUCCUCUAGUCCUGGCAAUUGAUUUUUCAUUGAUUGUUAUUGGCCCAUGGCAUGGUUUCAGUGGGGCAUUCAUUCUUGCGGAUCUGAGCUGAUUCUUUUAGUUUAAUGGCAUUUAAUGGGUUUGUUAAACUAUCAA